CCGAGGUGUGUCUGAGCUCUGCCAGAGACCCAAACCGGGGCACCCCCAGGGCACUAGCAGGCUUGCACGGUGCUGGGGGUAUGGGGGUGCCACCCUCUUGGGAAUUAGAGGGGACAGAAGAUUUUGAGCUGGGGGGCACUGAGGCUGGGCGGCUCAGGUGUCGGGGUUCAUUGUCCAGCUGGUGCCUGCUUGGGUCACCUUGGCUUCCAGGGCUGCUACCGCACCAUGUGAUUGCUUGAAAGGCUGAGCGCUGCUGGCGCUGCAGCAGAGGAGUUCGGAGGAGGAUGAGCUGCGGCUCGCAGCCGCCCCGUGCCCGCAGCCCAGCCCAGCUUCGGGCUGUCCCCGAGCCCUGGCCGGGACCUGUGGUCCAGGCCCCCCGGGGACCCACCUCUGGGACCACCUGCUGGCCAGCUGGCAGGAUGGUGCCUGCUGUGUGCCCACCAGUGCCUGCUGGCUGAUGUUCCUGCACUGUGCCCACCAUGCCACACUCCAUAACGGCCUUCCAGGCCGCUUACAUUGGCAUCGAGGUGCUCAUCGCCCUGGUGUCAGUGCCUGGGAACGUGCUGGUGAUCUGGGCAGUGAAAGUGAACCAGGCUCUUCGUGAUGCCACCUUCUGCUUCAUUGUGUCGCUGGCUGUGGCCGACGUGGCCGUGGGUGCCCUGGUCAUCCCUCUCGCCAUCCUUAUCAACAUUGGUCCCCAGACCCAUUUCUACACCUGCCUCAUGGUGGCCUGUCCUGUCCUCAUCCUCACCCAGAGCUCCAUCCUGGCCUUGCUUGCUAUUGCUGUUGACCGCUACCUCCGAGUCAAGAUCCCGCUCAGGUACAAGAUGGUGGUGACACCGAGGAGGGCGUCAGUGGCCAUUGGAGGCUGCUGGCUGCUCUCCUUCCUCGUGGGCCUGACGCCCAUGUUUGGCUGGAAUAACCUGGAGAAACUGAAAGAGGAGACCAACAGCAGCCUGGGGAACUUGGUGAUAAAAUGUGAAUUCGAGAAGGUCAUCAGUAUGGAAUACAUGGUCUACUUCAACUUCUUUGUCUGGGUCCUCCCACCUCUGCUGCUCAUGGUUCUCAUCUACCUGGAGGUCUUCUACCUGAUCCGUAAGCAGCUCAACAAGAAGGUGUCGGGCUCUUCAGGGGACCCCCAGAAGUACUACGGGAAGGAGCUGAAGAUCGCCAAGUCCCUGGCCCUCAUCCUCUUCCUCUUUGCUCUCAGCUGGCUGCCCCUACACAUUCUCAACUGCAUCACUCUCUUCUGCCCAGACUGCGAGAAGCCCAGCAUCCUCACCUACAUCGCCAUCUUCCUCACUCACGGUAACUCGGCCAUGAACCCCAUUGUCUACGCCUUCCGCAUUCAGAAAUUUCGGACCACCUUCCUGCAGAUCUGGAACCAGCAUUUCCGAUGCCGGGCAAUGCCCCCAUCUGAUGAUGAGGAUCCCCCCGAGGAGAAACUGGAUAAUUAGACCCUGAAGCUUCCUGUACUCCAACUUCCCUAUCCUUAUCCUCGCCCCUCUCCAUUGGGGUACCAUGGUGUCUCUCUCCUCCACUCCCCUCUACAAAUCACAAUCCUUGUUUGCCCAUAGUUUCCUUGGCAAUGCCAUGGGGCAUGAGCGGAGGGAGGGCCCUGAAGUGAAAUCCAGAGCUUUAGACCGUCUUCCUGCCACCCCCACCAGCUUGGCCGUGUGAUCUGGGUGGCCCUGGGCUUCAUUGUCCUUCCUUUUACAUGUUCCUGGUGAGAAAGAAAGUGGGAUGCCCGUGGAAGUGAAUGAGAGAAGGAAGCAGGCAGGAUAGGACUCCUUGUUCUUUCAGUCAGUAUCAGCGCCCCAUGUCUAAUGUUCCGAGGCACAUGUGAGAGCCUGGAGGGGUCAAAUACAUGAAGAUCUGGACUGGGGAGAUAGUUCCUAGAGCACCCACAGACUCUCACAGUGUGGAUUGGAGGGGGUAGGACAGAAGCCAACUCAGAAACCAGCUGCUGAGCUGGGAUGGAGUGCUUGGUAAGAAGGAGGGAGACUUCCCCUUCCUCCCAUCCUGGCUCCAGAGGGAAAAGGUUGUCAGGGAAAGGCAACUGUGACCCAAUACCCCAGCAUCCUAGUCUGCGGAUAUCAUGCCCUAAGCAAUGCCAGGCAGCAUCCUGGUCUAAAGACAUUAUAUUCUAGACAGUACAUUCUCUGCCCCAGCAACUGGGAUGGUGUAAGAAGUGGGUCCUAGGGGGCAGCUAGGUGGCACAGUGGAUAAAGCACUGGCCAUGGAGUCAGGAGGACCUGAGUUCAAAUCUGGCCUCAGACACUUGACACUAGCUGUGUGAUCCUGGGCAAGUCACUUAACUGUCAUUGCCCUGCAAAAAAAAAAAAAAAAAAAAAAGAAGUGGGUCCUAAAAUGGGGGGGGGGGCGUUUCCCCUAGACCAUUCCUUGCUAAUUCCUAGGACACUGCCAAGAGCUAGGAUGCAGGUGGGGUCUAGGAGAAGCAGUGUCUCCUGAACCACGGGGGCCCAGGACAGAGAUGAUGCCCCUAGGUACAGUGCCAGGAACACUCCACCAGCAGGUAGCGUUGGUUCCCCCAUCUUGGCCCACCAGAAACCAGAGGCCCUCAAGAAGAGCUAGGGUACACAGACACAUUGGGAGUGAGACCACUCCAGCAUCCUGAGCUCUUAGGUUCUUCUGGGGAGGCUGGCUGGGACUCUGUCAUCCCAACUUAAGGAAGAAAUGAUUUCUUUCAGAAGGUCUAGAACUCUGGAGCUAGGACUGAAGCUCACGGGAAGGGGGAGCCGGGUACAGGUACCAGGGCAUCACUCAGACCAUCCUGGGAGCUAAAUGAGGGAGGAGGGGUUAUAUCAAUAAGUGGAGCCCAUCUGCCAGCAUGAGGGGGAGGGGCAUGGAGGAAGCAAAGCACCUGCUGUGGAUGUGCCCAGUGCUCACCCAUUAAGGAGUUGCCCUGGGCAUUCUCAAGAGCUGGGUGAGAAGUGUUUAGCACCAUCUGAGUGGGAAGAGAAAGGUCUUUCUAAAAGGAGGUGAAUAGGGAACUUGAUUUUGUUCUAGGCCCUCAAAGGCAUCCUGGGAUGAGAUCAGGGCCAGGGUGUGGCCUUGCUCUAUAGUGAUAGAGGGGAGGUCAGGCUGAGUUUGAAUCCUGGCUCUAAGUCAGAUCCCCAUCAAUCUGCCUCAGCUUUUCCUCAAUGUGGAAUGGGGGGAUGGGUAGAGAGGAAUGUCAGCCCAUUGGUUUCCAGAGUGGGGAAGAAGGACUGACCAAUAAAAGAUUAUGAAACCAA